AACGAGAAAGGACGGGGGAGAGAGGGAGGGGACGUAGCAAAGGAAGAUUUAUCCCCCCCAAAAAAAUAAACGAUCCAGAUCCUGAAGAGAGAAAAAACAUAAAGGAUUUUCUCUUUUUUCCUGAGGAGCUGCGAAUAACCCUGAGCGAAGGAUGGCAGAAGGGGGAGAGGGAGAGGAGGAGAUCCAGUUCCUGCGAACGGAUGACCAGGUUGUUCUGCAGUGCACCGCCUCCCUCCUGAAGGAGCAGCAGAUCAAACUAUGUCUGUCCUGCGAGGGCUUCGGGAACCGUCUCUGCUUCCUGGAGACCACGUCCAACGCUCAGAACGUGCCCCCGGACCUGGCCAUCUGCACCUUCAUCCUGGAGCAGUCCCUGUCGGUGCGGGCUCUGCAGGAGAUGCUGGCCAACACGGUGGACAUGACUGAGUCGUCCCAAGGUGGAGGUCAUCGUACUCUACUGUACGGUCAUGCCAUCCUUCUGAGACACCACCACUCAGGCAUGUACCUGAGCUGCUUGACGUCAUCUCGCUCCCUCACAGACAAGCUGGCCUUCGACGUGGGCUUACAAGAAGAUUCCACUGGGGAGGCCUGUUGGUGGACCAUUCACCCAGCGUCCAAGCAAAGGUCAGAAGGUGAGAAGGUCAGGGUGGGUGAUGACCUCAUCCUCGUCAGCGUGUCCUCUGAGAGAUACCUGCACCUGUCGUACGCCAGUGGAGAUCUGAUGGUGGACGCCUCAUUCAUGCAGACUCUGUGGAACAUGAAUCCGAUCAGUUCAGGGUGUGAACUCGCUGAAGGGUUCCUGACGGGAGGUCACGUUUUGAGGCUCUUCCAUGGACACAUGGACGAGUGUCUCGCCAUCUCUACCCCAGAGGAGGGAGAGGAGAAGCGCAGGAUGGCGCACUACGAAGGUGGUGCUGUGUGCAGUCAGGCUCGAUCCCUGUGGAGGUUGGAGCCUCUAAGAAUCAGCUGGAGCGGGAGCCACAUGAAGUGGGGGCAGUCUUUCCGUAUUCGCCACAUCACCACAGGCCGGUACCUGUGUAUGGAUGAAGACAAGGGCCUGUCGGUGGUCGACCCAGAGAGGGCCAACACCGAACUCGCUGCUUUCUGCUUCCGGGCCACGAAGGAGAAGGUGGAGGUGGCUCAGAAGCGUGACGUUGAGGGGAUGGGCAUUCCAGAGAUCAAGUAUGGAGAGUCCAUGUGCUUCGUCCAGCAUGUGUCCACAGCCCUGUGGCUCACAUACGCGGCUCUGGAUGCCAAAGCUGCUCGUCUGGGAAUGAUGAAGAGAAAGGUCAUUCUGCACCAGGAGGGUCACAUGGACGACGCCCUGACUGUGUCCCGCUCACAGGUCGAGGAGUCUCAGGCUGCCCGAAUGAUUUACAGCACCGCCGGUCUCUUCAGGCAGUUCAUCAAGGGAUUGGACUCUCUGAGCGGGAAGAGCAAGUCUCCGGGGGCUGUGUCGCUCCCUCUGGAGGGCGUCAUCCUCUCUCUUCAGGAUCUCAUCUUCUACUUUCGCCCGCCCGAGGAGGAGCUCGAGCACGAGGAGAAACAGACCAAGCUCCGCUCCCUCCGCAACCGUCAGAACCUCUUCCAAGAGGAGGGAAUGAUCACCAUCGUGCUGGAGUGCAUCGACCGCCUGAAUGUGUACAACACCGCUGCUCACUUCUCGGAGUUUGCCGGGGAGGAAGCAGCAGAGUCCUGGAAGGACAUUGUCAACCUCCUCUAUGAGCUUCUGGCUUCUUUGAUCAGGGGAAACCGCUCUAACUGCGCGUUGUUCUGUGACAACCUGGACUGGCUGGUCAGCAAGCUGGACCGUCUGGAGGCCUCCUCUGGUAUUCUGGAGGUGCUGUACUGCGUGCUGAUUGAAAGCCCUGAGGUUCUGAACAUCAUCCAGGAGAACCACAUCAAAUCCAUCAUCUCCCUCCUGGACAAGCAUGGAAGGAACCACAAGGUCCUGGAUGUCCUGCGCUCUCUGUGUGUGUGUAACGGUGUCGCUGUGAGGUCCAACCAGAACCUCAUCACUGAAAACCUGCUCCCGGGUCGGGAGCUGCUGCUGCAGACCGCCAUCGUGAACUAUGUCACCAGCGUGAGGCCCAACAUCUUCCUGGGCACCUGUGAGGGAUCCACGCAGUUUAAGAAGUGGUACUUUGAGAUGAUCGUGGACUACGUGGAGCCGUUCGUCACGGCUCAGGCCACACACCUGCGUGUGGGCUGGGCCAUGACGGAGGGCUACAGCCCCUACCCCGGAGGAGGAGAGGGCUGGGGGGGCAACGGGGUGGGAGACGACCUCUACUCCUACGGCUACGAUGGACUGCAUCUGUGGUCGGGUACCGUCGCUCGCCAGGUGGCGUCGCCCACCGCUCACACCCUCGCUGCGGACGACGUGGUCAGCUGCUGUCUGGACCUGAGCGUCCCCAGUAUCUCCUUCCGUAUCAAUGGGUUCCCAGUUCAGGGCAUGUUUGAGAACUUCAACGUGGACAGCCUCUUCUUCCCUGUCAUCAGCUUCUCUGCUGGAGUCAAGGCUCGGUUCCUCCUCGGCGGCCGUCAUGGAGACUUCAAGUUCAUGCCCCCCCCCGGCUACGCCCCCUGCUACGAGGCUCUGCUGCCCAGAGAGCGGAUGCGCAUCGAACCCAUCAAGGAGUACAAGCACGACUUCAGUGGCGUGCGCAACCUGCUGGGUCCCACCCUGUCGCUCACCCACACCUCCUUCACGCCCUGCCCCGUGGACACCGUCCAGAUUGUGUUGCCCCCUCACUUGGAGCGAAUCCGAGAGAAGCUGGCAGAGAACAUUCACGAGCUCUGGGCUGUGACGCGUAUUGAGCAGGGCUGGACGUACGGGACCUUCAGGGACGACAAUAAGAAACUGCAUCCGUGUCUGGUGGACUUCCAGAGUCUUCCUGAGCCAGAGAGGAACUACAACCUGCAGAUGUCGGGAGAGACUCUGAAGACUCUCCUGGCGCUGGGUUGUCACGUCGGUAUGGGUGAUGAGAAAGCAGAGGAGAAUCUCAAGAAGAUCAAACUGCCCAAGACCUAUGUGAUGACCAAUGGAUACAAGCCUGCCCCCCUUGACCUCAACCAUGUCAAACUGACCCCAAAUCAGAACCAGCUCGUGGAGAAACUGGCCGAAAAUGGACAUAAUGUUUGGGCCAGGGACCGGGUACGACAGGGAUGGACCUACAGUAUUGUGCAGGACAUCAUGAAUAAGCGGAACCCUCGCCUUGUGCCUUACAACCUGCUGGACGAGAGAACUAAGAAAACCAACCGAGACAGUGUUAACAACGCUGUCCGCACCCUCAUUGGCUACGGCUACAACAUCGAGCCUCCAGAUCAGGAGAGCACCGGCCACGGGCUGGAGAACACCCGUGGGGACAAGGUCCGGAUCUUCAGGGCAGAGCGGUCCUACGCCGUCACCCAGGGGAAGUGGUACUUUGAGUUCGAGGCCGUGACCACGGGGGAGAUGAGAGUGGGGUGGGCACGUCCGAAUGUCCGCUCUGACACUGAACUGGGAGCAGAUGAGCUGGCCUACGUCUUUAAUGGCAAUAAGGCUCAAAGAUGGCAUGUUGGGAAUGACCCAUUUGGUCGCCAGUGGCUGUCUGGGGACGUAGUGGGUUGUAUGAUUGACCUCGUCGAGAUGAACAUCAUGUUCACGCUCAACGGAGAAAUGCUGAUCAGUGACUCGGGCUCUGACAUGGCUUUCAAAGAUAUUGAAAUUGGAGAAGGUUUCAUCCCGGUGUGCGCUCUGGGCUUGUCUCAGGUCGGGAGGAUUAAUCUCGGUCAGAACGUCAGCAGCCUGCGCUACUUCGCCAUCUGCGGCCUGCAGGAGGGAUUCGAACCCUUCGCCAUCAACAUGAAGCGAGACAUCACCAUGUGGUUCAGUAAAAGUUUGCCCCAGUUUGUGCCUUUGCCCACCGAUCACAACCACAUCGAGGUCUCACGUGUGGAUGGAACUGUGGACAGCGCCCCCUGUCUGAAGCUGACCCACAAGACCUUUGGCUCACAGAACGCCAACACGGACAUGAUGUUCCUCAGACUCAGCAUGCCCGUCCAGUUCCACGAGACCUUCAAGGUCACAGCAGGAACCACCCCUCUCACCCGCAUGCUCACCAUCCCAGAGGAGGAGGUGGUGGUGAUUGAGCCCGACUCAGAGUUUGAAGUUUUGAAGAAGUCCGCCAGCCGCAAGGAGCAGGAGGAGGACAAGAAGGAGCCGUCUGUGCCCAAGGAAAUCUCUGUGGAAAAUGAGAAGGACUCAAUGUCAGAAAAAGGAAAGAAAAUGGGAUUUUUCUCCAAGGCUAAGAAGGCGGCCAUGACACCUCUCAACCCUCCUCCACCUCCAGCGGUGCCACGUCUGCCGGAGGACGUGGUCCCUGAUGACAGAGACGACCCUGAGAUCAUCCUCAGCACCACCACUUAUUACUAUUCUGUGAGGAUUUUUGCCGGGCAGGAGCCCACUGGUGUGUGGGUGGGCUGGGUCACUCCCGACUAUCACCAGUAUGAUCCGACCUUUGACCUCUCCAAAGUACGCAGUGUCACGGUCACUGUGGGAGACGACAGAGGCAACGUACACGACAGUAUGAAACACAGUAACUGUUACAUGGUUUGGGGCGGAGACCUGGUCAGUAACCAGCAGACCCGCUUCAGUCAGGAGGACAUGGUGGUCGGCUGUCUGGUGGACCUGGCAACGGGUCUCAUGACCUUUACAGCCAAUGGGAAGGAGAUAAACACCUUCUACCAGGUGGAGCCCAACACCAAGCUGUUCCCUGCCGUCUUAGUUCAGCCGACCAAUCAGAACUUGGUGCAGCUGGAGCUCGGCAAACUCAAGAACAUCAUGCCCAUCUCGGCAGCGAUGUUCCGUAGUGAGCGCAACAAUCCCGUCCCCCAGUGUCCGCCCAGGCUGGACGUGCAGAUGCUGACCCCGGUUAUCUGGAGCCGUAUGCCCAAUCACUUCCUGAGCCCGGAGGUGGGCAAAGUGAGCGAGAGGCUGGGCUGGAUGGUGGAGUGCACUGAGCCUCUCAUCAUGAUGGCCCUGCACAUCCCGGAGGAGAACCGGUGUAUUGACAUCCUGGAGCUGUCGGAGCGUCAGGAUCUCAUGAAGUUCCACUACCACACCCUCAUGCUCUACUGCGCCGUGUGUGCUCUAGGCAACAACCGAGUGGCUCAUGCCCUGUGCAGCCAUGUGGACGAGUCCCAGCUCUUCUACGCCCUCGAGAACACCUACCUGCCCGGACCUCUCCGCAGCGGCUACUACGACCUGCUCAUCAGCAUCCACCUGGAGUCGGCCAAACGGGCUCGACUGGGCACCAACAGGGAAUUCAUCGUCCCCAUGUCGAAAGAGACUCUCAGCAUCCAUCUCUAUCCGGACACGAAGAAGGCUUACUCCCUCCCCGGGGUCGGCCUCACCACCUGCUUGCGACCCAAGCUACAUUUCUCGUCCAUCAACUUUGUCGGCACGGACCCUGAUCUGUACACGCUCAGUCCCGUCCUGCCUCUACAAGACCUGAAGACCAGGGCGAUUAGCAUGUUAACAGAAGCUGUGCUUGACGGUAGCCAGGCCAUGCGCGAUCCAGUAGGAGGCAGUGUGGAGUUUCACUUCGUCCCCAUCCUGAAACUGAUCAGCACGCUGCUCAUUAUGGGCAUCUUCAACGACGAGGACACCAAGCACAUCCUCAAGAUGAUCGACCCCAAUGUUUUCAGGGGAAAGGAGGAGGAGGAGGAGGAGGAGGGAGAGAAAGCUGCUGAGGGAGAAGGUGAGAAGGCAAAGGAGGAGGAUGUGGAUGAAGAGGCUGACCUCGAGGACGAAGGGGUCGGCGAGGAGGACGAGGAGCUGAAAGACGAAGAGAAAGCUGAACAUGAGGGCGAAGAGGGUGAACCUAAGGAGGAAGGAGAAGAGGACGAGAAGGAGGGCAAGGCCUUAGUAGCAAAAGUUGAUGGAGAGAAGGCAGAGGAGGAGAAGGAGGCGGAGGCAGUGGAGGCAGAAGCAAAAGAAGAGGAGGAGGGUCUGGAUGAAGGAUUACUCCAGAUGAAGCUGCCAGAGUCCGUCAAACUGCAGAUGUGCACACUGCUGCAGUACUUCUGCGACUGCGAGCUGCGACACAGAGUGGAAGCCAUCGUGGCCUAUUCAGACCAGUUUGUCCAGGAUAUCCAGAGCAACCAGCGGGUUCGAUACAACCUGCUGAUGAGAGCCUUCACCAUGUCGGCUGCUGAGACCGCACGCAGGACCCGCGAGUUCCGCUCUCCCCCACAAGACCAGGUUCUUCUGCUGACCAACUUUAAACAUGGUCCAGAGCUCGAGGUCUGUCCAGUACCUGAGGAGGUGCGAGACACUUUGGGAGAGCUCCACAACGACCUCCUGCUUCACUGCGGAAUACAGAUUGAGGAGGAGGCAGAAGAGGAGGAGGUGGACGCUUCACUGAGCGGCCGACUCCUCAGUCUGGUGGACAAGAUCAGGAGCCUGCGCAAGAGGAAGGAGGAGGAACAGCCAGAGGUGGAUGAGGAGUCAAAGCCUGGCACUCUCCAGGAACUGAUCUCCCACACCAUGAUCCACUGGGCCCAGGAGUCCUUCAUCCAGAACCCUGAGCUGGUGCGUCUGAUGUUCAGUCUGCUCCACCGGCAGUACGACGGCCUGGGCGAGCUGAUCCGAGCGCUGCCCAAAGCCUACGCCAUCAACGCCAUCUCCGUCCAGGACACCAUGGAUCUGCUGGAGUGUUUGGGGCAGAUUCGCUCGCUGCUCAUCGUCCAGAUGGGACCAGAGGAAGAGCGGCUCAUGAUCCAGAGCAUCGGGAACAUCAUGAACAACAAGGUGUUCUACCAGCACCCUAAUCUGAUGAGAGCUCUCGGGAUGCACGAGACCGUCAUGGAGGUGAUGGUCAACGUGUUGGGAGGAGGAGGAGACUCCAAGGAGAUUCGAUUCCCUCAGAUGGUGACGAACUGCUGUCGGUUCCUUUGUUACUUCUGUCGUAUCAGCCGACAGAACCAGCGCUCCAUGUUCGACCAUCUCAGCUACCUUCUGCAGAACAGCGGCAUUGGCCUGGGUAUGCGCGGGUCCACCCCUCUGGACGUGGCUGCGGCUUCCUGCAUCGACAACAACGAGCUGGCCUUGGCUUUGCAAGAGCAGGACCUGGAAAUGGUGGUCACGUACUUGGCGGGCUGCGGACUGCAGAUGUGUCCAAUGCUCCUGUCUAAGGGAUACCCGGACAUCGGCUGGAACCCCGGUGGAGGAGAGCGAUACCUGGACUUCCUCCGCUUUGCUGUCUUUGUCAACGGAGAGAGCGUGGAGGAGAACGCCAACGUGGUGGUGCGUCUGCUUAUCCGUCGCCCUGAGUGCUUCGGCCCGGCCCUGAGAGGAGAGGGGGGCAACGGUCUGCUGGCCGCCAUGGAGGAGGCCAUCAAGAUCUCAGAGGAUCCAGCAAGGGACGGGCCGACUGUCAAGAAAGACAGACGCUUCAUGUUCGGUGGUGAGGAGCAGCAUGAGGAGAACCGCUUGCAUCUGGGAAACGCCAUCAUGUCCUUCUACUCGGCUCUUAUCGAUCUGCUUGGCCGCUGCGCCCCCGAGAUGCACCUGAUCCAAGCCGGCAAAGGUGAAGCUCUAAGAAUCAGGGCCAUCCUGAGAUCUCUGGUGCCCAUAGAGGAUCUGGUGGGAGUCAUCAGCUUAUCUGUGCAGAUUCCUGCUUAUGGCAAAGAUGGACAGAUUAUUGAGCCCAAGAUGUCCGCCAGCUUCGUGCCCGACCACAAGGCGUCCAUGGUGCUGUUCCUCGACAGAGUGUACGGCAUCGAUAACCAGGACUUCCUGCUUCACGUCCUGGAGGUCGGCUUCCUGCCGGACAUGAGAGCGGCAGCGUCUCUGGACACGCUGGCAUUCAGUACAACCGAGAUGGCCUUGGCGCUGAACCGCUACCUCUGCUCAGCCGUUCUGCCCCUGCUCACCAAGUGCGCCCCGUUGUUCGCCGGGACGGACCACCGGGCCAUCAUGAUCGACUCCAUGCUCCACACCAUCUACCGUCUGUCCCGUGGCCGAGCCCUGACCAAGGCGCAGAGGGACGUCAUUGAGGAGUGCCUCAUGUCGCUCUGCAAGUACCUCCUGCCCUCCAUGCUGCAGCACCUGCUCAGACGGCUGGUGUUCGACGUGCCCAUCCUCAAUGAAUAUGCCAAGAUGCCUCUCAAGCUGCUGACCAAUCACUAUGAGCGCUGUUGGAAGUAUUACUGCCUGCCUAACGGAUGGGCUAACUUCGGGGUGACCUCGGAGGAAGAGCUGCAUCUCUCUCGUAAACUCUUCUGGGGAAUCUUUGAAUCUCUGGCGCACAAGAAAUACGACGCCGAGCUGUUCAAGAUCGCCAUGCCCUGCCUCUGUGCGAUAGCUGGAGCCAUCCCCCCCGACUAUGUGGACGCCACCUACUCUGCUCACGUGGAGAAAAAGGCCUCUGUGGACGCUGAGGGCAACUUUGAUCCCAAACCAGUGGAGACCACCAACACCAUCAUCCCGGAGAGGCUGGAUACCUUCGUCAACAAGUAUGCUGAGCACACUCACGACAAAUGGGCUUUUGAAAAGAUUCAGAACAACUGGACCUACGGAGAGUUGUUGGAUGAGAACGCCAAGACUCACCCGAUGCUCCGGCCGUACAAAACCUUCUCUGAAAAGGACAAGGAGAUCUAUCGUUGGCCCAUCAAAGAAUCCGUCAAAGCCAUGCUGGCCUGGGAGUGGACCUUGGAGAAAGCUCGGGAUGGCGAGGUCGAGGUGGAGAAGAAGACCACCACGCGCAAGAUCUCCCAGACGGCUCAGGCCACUUAUGAUCCCAGCCAUGGUUACAACCCUCAACCCAUAGACAUCACAGCCAUGGCCCUGUCCAGGGAGCUGCAGUCUAUGGCCGAACAGCUGGCUGAGAACUAUCACAACACCUGGGGCAGGAAGAAGAAGUUAGAGCUGCAGGGCAAAGGCGGCGGCAGCCAUCCACUGCUCGUUCCCUACGACACUCUGACGGCUAAGGAGAAGGCUCGGGACAGAGAGAAGGCCCAGGACCUGCUCAAGUUCCUCCAGCUCAAUGGAUACGCUGUGACGAGGGGCAUGAAGGACAUGGAGCAAGACAUCUCCUCCAUCGAGAAGCGUUUCGCUUACGGUUUCCUCCAGAAGCUUCUGAAGUGGAUGGACAUCGCGCAGGAGUUCAUUGCUCAUCUCGAGGCUGUGGUCAGCAGUGGUAGAGUGGAGAAGUCACCUCAUGAACAGGAGAUCAAAUUCUUUGCUAAGAUUCUAUUACCGCUGAUAAAUCAGUACUACAAGAACCACUGCCUGUACUUCCUCUCCACGCCUGCGAAGGUCCUGGGCAGCGGAGGCCAUUCCUCCAAUAAGGAGAAGGAGAUGAUUGCAAGUAUCUUCUGUAAGUUGGCUGCUCUGGUGAGACACAGAGUUUCUCUCUUUGGAACGGAUGCAGGGGCUGUGGUGAACUGUCUGCACAUCCUCUCACGAUCGCUGGACGCCAGGACUGUGAUGAAGUCGGGCCCUGAGAUCGUGAAGGCCGGUCUGCGUCAGUUCUUUGAGAGCGCUGCCGACGACAUAGAGAAGAUGGUGGAGAACCUGAAACUGGGCAAAGUGUCCAGUAGAAACCAGGUUAAAGGUGUGUCCCAGAACAUCAACUACACCACCAACGCUCUGCUGCCGGUCCUCACCACGCUGUUCGACCACAUCGCCCAGCACCAGUUCGGAGAUGACGUCAUGAUGGACGACUUGCAGAUAUCCUGCUAUCGUUUGAUGUGCAGUAUCUACUCCCUGGGCACGGUGAAGACUCCACAUGCAGAGAAGCAGCGACCGGCUCUUGGCGAGUGUUUGGCCCAUUUAGCAGCUGCGAUGCCAGUCGCCUUCCUUGAGCCUGAACUGAAUGAGUUCAACGCGUUCUCUGUCUACACCACCAAGACUCCCCGAGAGCGAACCAUUCUGGGUCUUCCCAGCCAAGUGGAGGAGCUGUGCACCGACAUCCCCGGGCUGGAGAUCCUGAUGAAGGAGAUCAACGACCUCUCUGAGUCCGGCGCUCGCUACACAGAGAUGCCCCAUGUGAUCGAGAUCACGCUGCCCAUGCUGUGUAACUAUCUCCCCCGCUGGUGGGAGAGGGGCCUGGAGAACUUCCCCGAGCAGGACGGCCAGCUCUGCACCUCGGUCACCUCCGAGCAGCUCAACCAGCUGCUGGGAAGCAUCAUGAAGAUUGUGGUGAACAACCUGGGUAUCGAUGAGGCCUCCUGGAUGAAGAGAUUGGCAGUGUUCGCCCAGCCCAUCGUCAGCAGGGCCAAACCGGAGAUGCUGAAGUCUCACUUCAUCCCCACCAUGGAGAAGCUGAAGAAGCGUACGGGGAAAGUAGUGGCUGAGGAGGAUCAGCUGCGCAUGGAGGGCAAGAUCGAGCUGGACAGUGAGAACGGGACCAUCCGGGACGAGUUCUCGGUUCUGUGUCGGGACCUGUACGCUCUGUACCCGCUGCUCAUCCGCUACGUGGACAACAACAGAGCGAGGUGGCUGACGUGUCCGGACCCAGAUGCAGAGGAGCUGUUCAGGAUGGUGGGGGAGGUCUUCAUCUUCUGGUCCAAGUCUCACAACUUCAAGAGGGAGGAGCAGAACUUCGUGGUGAUGAACGAGAUCAACAACAUGUCCUUCCUGACCGCUGACAGUAAGAGCAAGAUGAGCAAGGCCGGAGACGGAGAGUCCGGCGGCUCGGAGGAGGAUCGCACGAAGAAGAAGCGUCGGGGGGAUCGCUACUCCGUGCAGACCUCCCUCAUCGUCGCAGCCCUGAAGAAGAUGCUCCCCAUCGGACUCAACAUGUGCUCUCCUGCCGACCAGGAGCUCAUCAACCUCGCCAAGAUCAGAUACUCACUGAAAGACACAGAUGAAGAGGUGAGAGAGUUCCUGCACAACAACCUGCAUCUUCAGGGCAAGGUGGAGGACCCUGCCAUGCGCUGGCAGAUGUCUCUCUACAAGGAAAUGUCUGGAAAGGCUGAAGAUGCAGAGGUGCCUGAGAAGGUGGUCAAAAGGGUUCAGGAGGUGUCUGCUGUCCUGUACCACAUCGAGGUGACCGAGCAUCCCUUCAAGUCAAAGAAGAUGGUUUGGCACAAGCUGCUGUCCAAACAGCGCCGCAGGGCAGUGGUGGCCUGUUUCAGGAUGACGCCGCUCUACAACAUCCCCAAGCACAGAGCGACCAACAUGUUUCUGGACGCGUACAAGCGCAACUGGUUGGAGACCGAGGGGUACUCGUUUGAGGACAAGAUGAUCGACGACCUAUCAAAAGCCUUGGAGGAAGAGGAGGAAGAGGAGGAGGAGACCGAGACAAAGCCCGACCCCCUUCAUCAGCUGAUUCUUCAUUUCAGCCGCACAGCUCUUACGGAGAAGACAAAACUUGAUGUCGACCACCUCUAUAUGUCAUAUGCUGAUAUUAUGGCAAAGAGCUGCCACAUUGGUGAGGAGGACGAAGGGGGAGAACAGGAAGGGGAGGAUGCAGCCUUUGAGGUGCGACAGACAGAGAUGGAAAAGGAGAUGGAGAAACAGAGGCUUCUGUACCAGCAGUCCCGUCUACACAACCGUGGGGCUGCAGAGAUGGUGCUGCAGAUGAUCAGUGCCUGCAAAGGCGAACCUGGAGCCAUGGUUUCUUCUACUCUCAAACUGGGAAUCUCCAUCCUCAAUGGAGGCAACAGUGCCGUACAGCAGCGGAUGCUGGAUUAUCUGAAGGAUAAAAAGGACGUGGGAUUCUUCCUGAGCGUUCAGGCUCUGAUGCAGACCUGCAGCGUUUUGGAUCUGAAUGCGUUUGAGAGACAAAACAAGGCUGAAGGACUUGGGAUGGUUUCAGAGGAAGGAACCAAUAAGAAGCUAGAACGUGAUGAGAAAGUGAUGGCAGACGAUGAGUUUACAUGUGACCUCUUCCGCUUCCUGCAGCUUCUCUGCGAGGGUCACAAUAACGAUUUUCAGAAUUACCUGAGAACUCAGACAGGCAGCACCACCACCAUCAAUAUCAUCAUCUGCACUGUGGACUACCUGCUGCGACUGCAGGAGUCCAUCAGUGACUUCUACUGGUACUACUCGGGGAAGGACAUCAUGGACGCGCCCGGCAAGAGGAACUUCUCCAAAGCCAUGACCGUGGCCAAGCAGGUCUUCAACAGCUUGACGGAGUACAUCCAGGGUCCCUGUACUGGAAACCAGCAGUCACUGGCCCACAGCAGGUUGUGGGACGCUGUGGUCGGCUUCCUGCACGUCUUCGCUCACAUGAUGAUGAAACUCGCUCAGGAUUCCAGUCAGAUUGGGCUGUUGAAGGAACUGUUGGAUUUGCAGAAAGACAUGGUCGUGAUGCUUCUGUCUUUGCUUGAAGGCAACGUGGUAAAUGGCACGAUCGCUCGGCAGAUGGUCGACAUGCUGGUGGAGUCCUCCAGCAACGUGGAGAUGAUCCUCAAGUUCUUCGACAUGUUCCUGAAGCUCAAGGACAUAGUGGCGUCCGAUGCCUUCCGAGACUACGUGACCGACCCGCGUGGGCUCAUCUCCAAGAAGGACUUCUCAAAGGCCAUGGACAGCCAGAAGCAAUACUCUCCCUCAGAGAUCCAGUUCCUCCUCUCCUGCUCAGAGGCCGACGAGAACGAGAUGAUCAACUUCGAGGAGUUUGCUGAUCGUUUCCAGGAGCCGGCUAAAGACAUCGGUUUCAAUAUCGCUGUUCUGCUCACGAACCUGUCGGAGCACGUUCCUCACGACACUCGCCUGCAGAACUUCCUGGAGCAGGCCGAGAGCGUGCUCAACUACUUCCGCCCGUACCUCGGCCGCAUUGAGAUCAUGGGAGCCAGCAGGAAGAUAGAGCGCAUUUAUUUUGAAAUCAGCGAGGCGAACAGAAACCAGUGGGAGAUGCCGCAGGUCAGAGAGUCCAAGCGCCAGUUCAUCUUCGACGUGGUCAAUGAGGGCGGCGAGAGCGAGAAGAUGGAGAUGUUUGUGAACUUCUGUGAGGACACCAUCUUUGAGAUGAACAUCGCUGCGUCCAUCUCCGAGCCGGAGGGAGACGGUGCAGAGGAGGAAGAUGACGAGGAAGAAGAGGAGGGUGGAGCCGAGGAAGUAGAGUCUGGAGACGGGGAGGAGGGCAACGGAGAGGACGAAGGACCGGAGUCCACCUCAGCCUUUGCCGACUUCCUGAAGAGCGUGGUGGACUUCUUCGGCAUGUUCACCUUCCGUAAUCUGCGGCGACGCUACCGCAAACUCCGGAAGAUGACCGUGAAGGAGAUGGUGAUCAGCCUGGUGACCUUCAUCUACACCGUGGUGAUGGGAAUCCUGAUGUUCGUCUACAGCAUAUGUAAGGGCUUCUUCACGUUCAUAUGGAAAGUCCUGUUCGGCGGAGGCUUGGUGGAGGGCGCCAAGAAGAUGACGGUGACAGAGAUCCUAGCCAGUAUGCCGGACCCAACGCAGGACGAGGUUCACGGGGACCUGCCACCUGAACCCGGAGCUCGAGAUGUUCAAGACGCGGACGAAGCGGCGGAACUCUUGGAUGCAGCCGGCGGAGAGGAGGAAGAGGAGGAUGGUGAGGAGAGAGAAGGGGGACGCCUGCCUGGCUUCAAUACCCCUGGGGGACUCGGAGACUUUGGCGAAACGACAACAGAAGAGCCUCCGACUCCAGAGGGGACACCGCUGCUGAAGAGGAAGCUGUUGGAGGCUACAGUGGCACCAGGAGAGGACGUGGUGGUCCAACCGGCACCAGAGGCUCCUCCAGAGACCGAGAAGGCAGACACUGAGAAUGGAGAGAAGAAAGAGAAGCUGGAACCCGAACCUGAGGUGAAGACGCCAGAGCCAGAGAUUCUGGAGGAAACGGUGGUGAAGACCAAGGCGAAGAAGGAGAAGAAAUCUGCCGAGCAAGGCUUUGAGCUGUGGAAUGAGCUGGAGAUUCAGAGGAUUAAAUUCAUGAACUACCUAUCUCGUAACUUCUACAACCUGCGGUUCCUGGCCCUGUUCAUCUCCUUUGCUCUCAACUUCAUCCUGCUCUUCUACAAGGUGUCCGACAGUCCUCCAGGCUCCAGCGACUAUGAGGGCUCUGGAGACUUUGAGGGCUCCGGCCUGUUCGAGGCCUCUGGCAUGUUUGAAGGCUCCGGUGCUGAGGAAGACGGCUCCGGAGUGGAGGACGGAGGAGAGGAUGAGGAGGAAGAAGGUCCCAUGUACUACUUCCUGGAGGAGAGAUCGGGUUACAUGCAACCGUCCAUGGUUUUCUUCGGUAUCGUCCACACCCUCCUCUCCAUCAUCUGCAUCAUCGGCUACAACUGCCUCAAGGUCCCUCUGGUUAUCUUCAAGAGGGAGAAGGAGCUGGCCAGGAAGCUGGAGUUCGACGGACUCUACGUCACCGAGCAGCCGGAGGAGGACGACAUCAAGGGCCAGUGGGACAGAAUGGUGCUCAACACUCCCUCCUUCCCCAACAACUACUGGGACAAGUUUGUGAAGAGAAAGGUGCUGGACAAAUACGGAGACAUCUACGGCAGAGAGAGGAUCGCCGAGCUGCUCGGGAUGGACCUGGCUUCUCUGGACGUCAGCGCCAUGACACAUGAGAAGAAGCCGGAGCCUGACACCUCAAUGUUCAGCUGGAUCACGUCCAUCGACAUCAAGUACCAGAUCUGGAAGUUCGGUGUCGUGUUCACCGACAACACCUUCCUCUACCUGGUGUGGUACAUGUUGAUGUCUCUGCUCGGUCACUACAACAACUUCUUCUACGCCGCUCAUCUCCUGGACAUCGCCAUGGGCGUGAAAACCCUGCGCACGAUCCUGUCCUCCGUCACUCACAACGGCAAACAGCUGAUGAUGACGGUGGGUCUUCUGGCGGUGGUGGUGUACCUCUACACCGUGGUGGCCUUCAACUUCUUCCGCAAGUUCUACAACAUGAGUGAGGACGAGGACGAGCCGGACAUGAAGUGUGACGACAUGAUGACAUGCUACCUGUUCCACAUGUAUGUGGGCGUGCGAGCCGGUGGUGGGAUUGGAGAUGAGAUCGAGGAUCCGGCUGGAGAUGAAUACGAGCUGUACCGAGUCGUGUUCGACAUCACCUUCUUCUUCUUUGUCAUCGUCAUCCUGUUGGCCAUCAUCCAGGGUUUGAUCAUUGAUGCCUUUGGAGAGCUGAGGGACCAGCAGGAGCAGGUCAGAGAGGACAUGGAGACCAAGUGCUUCAUCUGUGGAAUCGGCAGCGACUACUUUGACACGACGCCGCACGGCUUUGAGACGCACACCUUGGAAGAACACAACUUGGCAAACUACAUGUUCUUCCUCAUGUAUCUCAUCAAUAAAGAUGAAACAGAACACACUGGACAGGAGUCCUACGUGUGGAAGAUGUACUCGGAGCGAUGCUGGGACUUCUUCCCGGCCGGAGACUGCUUCAGGAAGCAGUAUGAGGAUCAACUCGGAUAACGUCCCGCGUCCUGAAUGCGUGUCUGACGGAGAAAUCGUGAGGAGGAGGAGGAGGAAGAAGAGGAGGAAGAGGAGGAGGAGGAGGAGGAGGAGGAGGAGGAGGAGGAGGAGGAGGGGAAUCCAGAGCGAGGAAACGCGUCUAUGUCUUUGUUUUGUCCUUUUUCUGCACAUUUAUUCUCUCCUCCCUUGAAGCUAUGCACACACAUCGACUGCACUCGUGUCACCAGCUGCAGCAGAAUGUCGAAGGAUGAGAUUUGAGAAGAAGAAUCAAAAAAUAUCACACGGGCAGAAAAAGACACAACAAGCCAGGGGCCUUUUUAUUCCGCUAUGAAAACACUACAUGGCCUUUCUCUGUGUAGGAUAUCUACACAACGGGCUCUCUCAGUAGCUACUGCUGUAAACAUUACAGUGCCUAUAGCGACGUCACUGCUUCACCCACCUGACAGCUUCGAUCUAUAGCUUUAACACUUUUAUUUGAGACUAGAGUGGAUGUGUAGUAUUUAUAUUGUUUGUAAGGUUGAAGAUUUCUUUUCCCUACGUGGCUGCUGCUGUUUGAUAUUUUUCAUUUUCUGAUUUCUCGUGUUUUUUUUCGCUGAGAGCGAUUUUGAAAAAGAAACGAUUCAGCUGCUCACGCUCGUUUCUCUGACGCAUCCUGAACGGACGUUUAAGACGUAGAAUCAAAACAAAGCGACGGCGUGUGGAGAAACUUUUGUUGAACUGAACUGUCAAACUCACGAAAAACGGAGUAUACGUGACAUUCACUGGUGGGGGAUCGGCUGUAUUGACGAAAACCCAGUUUGCACUCUGAAGUCUUACGAUGGGUCCCUGGAUGUACGUGGCCCCCUGUCUCCACUGGUGUCUCCGAGCCACGGCAGAUAGCGACUCACACAUCCUGAGUACCAGGAUGCCAAGGUUAUUUAUUUAUUGUUUAUAUGCAGAUGAGACCUUCUGAAGACGACCGUUUUAGCCCGUCUGUAUUUCUGGCCAACAGCCUGCUUCACGACACUUUAUGCACAAAUAGGUUUUGUUGUCAGUGCAUUAAAAUAAGUAAUGAAUGUAUUUAAUGUAUACAUCUUGGCCGACGUGUCAUCUGUAUAACCGAGUAAUUACGAGGCCGCUGAGAGGCCUUUCGAUGAAGAGACGUAUUUUACAUAAAUAUCAUAGAUACAUAUUUAUUUUUCUUUAGGGCUUGGAUGAAUCCAUGCUGCUGUGUGGGACGGGGGGGCGUGUUGUGCGUCAUGUUGGUGAACCACUGUUGAAGAGAACCAGUCUCUCACAGAAGUUCACGCCCAGUUUGCAGCCAGAAGAGAAAAGUAGACGAUUUUUUGUUGUUUUUCGCUAGUUAGGUUUUUAUGAUAGAUAUUUUUAAGGGAAUCCAGCAAAUCAGUUGUUUUUUCUCGAUCAAAUGAAAAAAGCCACGUGCGUGUGCGUUGAUCUCAGACGGUUCUGUAUCGCCGCGCCUUGCUCGGAACUCAAACUCACAACCUCUCCAUCCUGUACUCGACGUCACGACUCUUCCUCGUCAGACGCCGAGCGGCUCCUCGUCUCGGGCACGGAGCUGAGAGCAGAUCCACCCGACUGAGAGUCCUCUGACUGAACCCUGUGUUUCAAUACUGAAUAAACAGAUUAUUUUAAGGAGAA